AUGGUGAAAAGAAUAUAUGAAAUAAAGAUUAAAGAUGACCCUUUGAAAAACUUUGACGGCCUGUUUUCUGGCCUUGGUUGUUUACCAAUUGAGCAUCACAUCAAAACAGACCCCAAUGUCUCAGCAGUGAUUCAUCCACCAAGAAAGGUUCCUGUAUCACUCAAGGACAAGAUUGUUGAAGAACUACACAAGAUGGAAAGCAUGGGUGUAAUAGAAAAGAAAACAGAACCAACAGAGUGGGUAAACAGCAUGGUAACAGUGGUGAAACCAAACAAGAUACGCAUAUGUAUAGAUCCACAAGACCUUAACAAAGCAAUAAAGCGUGAACAUUACCCUCUACUGACAGUGGAAGAAGUAGUAUCCAGCAUGCUAAGUGCAAAGAUAUUCUCAGUCCUGGACGCUAAUCAAGGAUUCUGGCAAAUAAAACUGGAUGAUGAGAGCUCAAAACUCUGCACGUUCAACACGCCAAUAGGGAGGUAUAGAUUUCUUCGCUUACCAUUUGGUGUGUCUUCAGCCAGUGAAGUCUUCCAGCAUGCGGUUGCACAGAUGCUAGAAGGUCUUGAAGGUGUGAUCAAUGUCAUUGAUGACAUCAUAGUAUGGGGAGAGACAAAAGAAGAACAUGAUCAAAGACUCAUCAAGCUGCUGGAAAGAGCAAGAGAAUGGAAUUUAAAACUAAACAAGAUCAAGUGCCAGAUAAGAACAUCAAAAAUAAGAUAUCUUGGACACAUCAUCUCAGAAGAAGGUCUUAAGCCAGAUAAUGAAAAGAGUAUCUGCAUUCAUUGUGCAACCCCAUCAAAACAAAACAUACGCAAAACACGUGCAUGGAUUGUGGAUACACUGUCAAUGGAAGAGGAGCAAAGUGGUCCUUUCCCAUACAAACUGGGAGAUUUAAGUGUUGAGAAGAAUAUUAUCAAGGAAUACUUCAUUCAUGGACAGGGAAUUGACAAAGAUCCCAAGGGAAUUCUGUCUAUUGACAAGAAUGAUGGAUCCAUCUAUGUUCAUGGGAAAGUCGACUACGAGGAAUACAAGAGAUUAACAAUCACAUUUGAAGCUGAAGAAAACUCAGACUCUAAGCUUGCCGUGGAUAUUGAGAUUCUGGAUGUUAAUGACCACGCACCUGUUUUUAGUAAUCUAGUCUAUGAAACCACAAUAGAGGAAUCAACAUCACAAGGUAAGCAUUUGGUCACAAUGCUGGCAACCGAUGGUGACCAGGGUGACUCAGCAAAUUCGAUGUUUACUUUCAGAAUCGUUUCAGUCACUCCCACUCCCUCCAACGCCAAGUUCUUCAUUCAACAAACUGAGGGAGAUACAACAGGGGAAAUAUCUUUCAUGGGCUGUCUUAAUUAUGAGGAUGCCAAAAAGUACACUAUUUUGGUUGAAGCAAAGGAUCAUGGGGAGAAGGUGCAACUCUCUAGCACGAGUACAGUGAUAGUGAAUGUAAUUGACAAAAACAAUAAUCCUCCAGAAUUCGUUGGUAAAAUGACUUGUGAAAAGGUCAAAGAGGGACAGCAUGGGGAAACGGUUUGUCGACUGCAGGUGACAGAUAAAGACAGCAGAGGAACAGCAGCUUGGAGGGCCAAAUACUCUCUGCUGGGUGACCAAUCACAGCACUUCAAGAUUGAGACUGAUCCUGAGACCAAUGACGGAGUCAUAACUGUCAUUGAGCCUUUGGAUUAUGAAGAGCAGUCCAGUUUGAAACUGACCGUCAGCGUAGAGAAUGAAGAGCCCUUAUUCUCCUGUAGAGUCAAAGGGUGUUCCAAAAAUGGACAGUGGGAUGUAGAAAACUCCAGAUGCAGGUCCAGUUGUACUUCAGAGUCCCUUUCAAUCAACAUUACUGUAGAAGAUGUCAAUGAACCGCCGAUAUUCAUAGAAAACAUCAAACACGUGAGCGUUAUGGAGAACAUGGAAAUUGGACAUAGCCUGUGGACGUUCAAAGCUGAGGACCACGAUCACUAUAACUCAAAUUCAUUAAUGUUCAUCAGAGGAGAAGAUGUAGAUGGUUGGGUAACUGUAGAUUCACAGACGGGUCUUGUAUCUACAGCUAAAGUUUUAGACCGGGAAUCACCUUUCGUAAAGGGCAAUACUUACACUGUCAUCUUAUAUGCUGUUGAUAAUGGUACACCACCAAUGACUGGCACCGGGACUUUAAUUAUACAUCUGAGAGAUGAGAACGAUAAUUCACCAAUGCUAGUGGUCGAUAAACUGUACAUGUGCUUGCCUGAGACGACCAUUGACAUUACAGCUGCUGACCCAGACCUGCAUCCAUACAGCGUGCCAUUCCACUUCGAGCUUGUGGGAGAUGUUGAAGAAAAAUGGAAGCUUCAUUCCAGCUUUGGCACAGCUGUGACAUUGAUCAAAGAGGGAGUUGUAGAUACAGGCGAUCAUGAACUCAACCUGAAGAUCUCGGACAACCAGGGUCAGUUUUCACUCCAGACCCUCACAGUACGUGUCUGUGACUGUACCAUUACUGCAGAAUGCAAUACAAUAAAGCUGAACACCAUUGCCAUCGUUGUCAUAGUCAUCAGCAUCUUAAUACUACUGGGUACAAUGUCGAUGGCUUGCCUGAUCAGAUGUUGGGCGAAGAAACCUAAAAUGUUACAGCUGGAGGGAUCUGCGCAAUCUCUUAUUCCAUACAACACAGAAAGCCGUGGAACUGACUGCACGGUGCCAAACAUUUACGCAGAUUGCUUGCCGACAAAGGCAUCUUCAAGUGAUAUCCUUUUCUCUGAUGGUAUGAUUGAGUCAACAGACAUUGGAGAUGUUAAGGGGUGUUUCGGUGAAAAUGUUGUUUUUGAGCCCAGUCGACACUUUGAGGCUGGUGUUCAGAUUGAUGUCAUAUGUAAUCGAUACAGCAACUUCACUUCAGUUAAUCUCCAAGAGCCUGACAUUUCUCAACCUGAUGUAAAAUAUAUGCCAUGGAAUAUCUUAUGAAGGAUGGAAAUCUGCAAAGAUCACAAGAAAAUGUAAUAGAUUUAUGAAGGUUUGCACUAUGUGUGUAAGAGUUUACUGUGGAUAUAGUUUACACUAUAUGAAUUGUAUACAAUAUCAUUUUGAAGUACUGUAUUUCCAUGGUCAGACAUAAAGACUAUGGGACAGAACAUAUUGAGGUCUGCAAAGGACUUGUUCCUUUUAUUAUUAUUAUUUAUGUGAGCUUCAAAAUAUGAAUGAGCAAGACAUGGACAGUUCAUCAGACUUUGCCUAUGAACUUGAUAAAUAUGUCUGGAUGAUUACUUUUGCACUGUAAAUUAAAUGGCAGCACUGCUUUUGGUUGUUCUAAAAUGUGAAAAUGUACCAGGUAAAAAGACUUACAAUGAAACUUAAUUCUAUUAAAACAGCAAUGUGUUUAAUUCUGUAUUAAGGUUGUACUCGCUGAAUUCUGAGAAUGCAUAUGUAAUUGUAUCUAUUUAAAUUAAUUAAUGCUCAUUCAUAAACAUGCUCGGACUGUGUAGAGAUGAAUUUGUAUAGAGAUGAAUUGAUGGAAAAGAGUUCUCUACAUUUAUAUGAAGUAAUAUCUUGAAUU